UUAUAAAUGAGUGAAAAUUAAUAAGAUGAUCAAAUUAGCCCUUUGGAUUUCGGAAAAUACCAUACAGAACCUUAGAGAGAUCAUCGAGAGAUAAAAUAUAUGCCCACAAAACUUAGUGAGCCAAGAGGGAGUCUACAGUAUCCUUAACAUGUGUCUGUGGCUAUAGAAGAUGAUACAAGUUCAUAAAAUGAAUCAAGAUGGUAUGCUAAGAAUAAUUAAUAUAAAUUACUAAUUGGAAAUGAAAGAACUGGCUUUGUAAAAAAAGUAAAAAAAUUUAAACUAAAAGGUCUAUUCAAUCAUGAUAAUUUAAUUACUUAUAACUGUGUUAAUGUGCGUAAUAUCAUAUGUAUCAAUUGAAUAUAGAAUGUUCUAAUUAUAAUACAGUGGUUAUGCAUAUUUGGCUUUAGGAAUUGCAAUCUUUAUUGAAUUGGUUCUCUUUUGUAUACCAAAAUUUGCUUGGAGAGUUCCUUAUAAUUAUAUACUGUUAUUGAUAUUCACAAUUUGCGAAGGGUAUCUGAUUUCGAAUUUAUGCAGUUAUGUAUUUGACAAAUAUAGUUAGAAUGGUGGUAAUGUGAUUUCAUUAUUAAAGGUUUUAUUGUAUUGAUGGCCGCUAGCUUGUCUUUAGCAGGAGUUAUAGGAUUAACUUUUUAUGCUUGUAAGACAAAAUCAGAUUUCACUACAAAAGGAGCAUUAUUGUUUAUGUGUACUACUUCUUUGUUGUUAUUUGGAAUUAUGGCUGGAAUUUAUUACUAAAAUGUAAUUAACCUUAUUUACUCUUUAAUUUGUUGUCUCCUAUUUGGAGCAUAUUUAAUAUAUGAUACAUAAUUAAUUUUAGGUGGAAGUGUAAUAAAUAUCAAUAUUUCAUAUUAUAGACUCAUAAAUUAUCUAUUGAUGAUUAUAUAAUUGGAUCAAUGAUUAUUUACAUUGACAUAGUGUACUUAUUUGCACAUAUUUUAAUGGUAUUGAUAGCAUGUCUUAGAUGA